GCUUGAUAUAGUCCUAUUUGUUCAUUUUUGCUUUUGUUUCCCUUGCUGGGGGAGAUAUGUUCAUGAAGAAGUCACUCAUGUUUAGGUCCAAGAGAUUUUUGCUUAUUCUUUUUCUAAGAGUAUUAUGGUUUCAUGGCUUACAUUCAGGUCUUUCAUCCAUUUUGAAUAUACUUUUGUGUGUAGGGUUAGACAUGAUCCUCAUUUCCUCCUCUUCUGCAGCCACCAACUUGGACGUUGAAGCUAUGACGCAGACCACCAGUAGCAGUGGCAGCAAACCUCAUCACAAUUCACAUCCGUGGUGUCAGCAGGCCCCACUGGCUGCGGGGACAUUAGGAUGAGAGUGUCAGCCCUCCACAGCAGCUCCACCACUGGGAUAUUCGACUUUGUGGCACCACACAGUGGGAGAACUGGUGGCACAGCCCAUUUCUGGGGAUGCCUGAGUCAGAACUCCCUUGGUGCAGCUGGCCAGAGCAUACUGUUUGGCUUCUACGUGGCCAGCACACCUCAGAACACAUCUGUGCUUGCAGCCAUCACCUCUGGCUUUGGAGCAGUGACCCAGACCACCAGCUGUGGGACCAGUACAGGGUUUGGCAGCACCAUCUCAGCACCCUUAACAUUCAGGGUGUCAGCAGGCCCCACUGGCAGUGGGGGCUUUGGGACAAGCGUGGCAGCCCCCCACAGCAGCUCCACCACUGGGGCAUUUGGCUCUGCGUCAGGACGGGGAGGGAGAACUGCUCUCAAGAACCCUUUCUGGGGAGACUUGAAUCCAAACUCCCUGGGUGCAGCUGGCCAGAGCACACCCUCUGGUUUCCAUGUGGCCAGCACGCAUCAGAACAUGCCCGGGUUUUCAGCCAUGACCUCGGGCUUUGGAGCCGUGACCCAGACCACCAGCUGUGGGACCAAUACAUCAGUGUUUGGCAGCACCGUCCAAUCGCCCUUCACAUCCACAGUGUCAGCAGGCCCCACUGGCAGUGGGGGCUUUGGGACAAGCAUGGCUGCCCCCCACAGCAACUCCACCGCUGGUGCAUUUGGCUUUGGGGCAGGAUGGAGUGGGAGAACUGGUCUCAAGAACGCUUUCUGGGGCGGGUUGUAUCUGAACUCACUGGGUGCAGCUGGCCAGAGCACACCCUCUCCCGUCCACAAGGCCAGGUCACCUCAGAACACGUCUUGGAUUGCAGCCAUCACCUCGGCCUUUGCAGCUAUGACCUGGACCACCAGCAGUGGGACCAGUAGCUCCGUGUUUGGCAGCACCACCUCAUCACCCUUCACGUCUGGUGUGUGAGCAGGUCCCGCUGGCAGUGGGGGCUUUAGGAUGAGCAUGGCUGCCUCCCACAGCAGCUCCACCACUGGGACAUUCAGGUUUGGGUCAGGACGGAGUGGGAGAACUGGUCUCAAGAACCCUUUCUGGGGAGGGUUGAAUCCGAACUCCCUGGGUGCAGCUGGCUAGAGCACAACCUUUCCCUUCCACGCGGCCAGCACGCCUCAGAACAUGUCUGGGAUUGCAGGUGAGAUUUGGAAUGGGCUCAGUCUGCAGUGCAAGGCACUGUUUUAAGUGCUGACCCAGUCUCUGCUUUUGGAGCUGUAUGCUGUGGUGAAGAUUUAGAUGUUAUGACAGAAGUUAUUCAUAAACAGCAUCAGGUACCAGUGUAACUCAUGACAUGAGGAGCUAUUUACGUAGACAGUGGCCGCCUUUCUGAGACAAUAGCAAACCGAGGCCAAGGCCGCAGUUCCAGAAUUGGGAGCAGGGACAGCGGCUGGGGGUGAGGACGUUGCAGGGACAAGAGCAAAGGCCCAAAGGCAGAGACAAGCUUAUGUUUUCAUGAGCAGAGAAGAGGCCGGUGUGGCUAGAGUUUUAAAAAGGAAAGUGGGAUAAAAUGACAUUAAGAGACAGGCAGAAAGGAAGAUCAUUCAUGGCCUUUAAAAAUGUUUUAUUCUUUUUGGUAUCUAUCUACAAUUACCUUAAGAACAUUAUGUUUAUUUGGCUCCCCUCUUCACCAAGUACCCCGCAAAAAGCCCAUUAGAGUCACUGUCCAUCAGCCUAGUAAGAUGCUGCACAAUCACUACUUGUCUUCUCUGUGUAGCCUAGCCCUCCCCGUUCACACCUACAUUAUGUAUGCUAAUCAUAAUGCCCCCUUUCUUUUUCUCUGCCCUUAUCCCUCCCUUCACACCCAUCCUCCUCAGUCCCUUUCCCUUUGGUAACUGUUAGUCCAUUCUUGGGUUCUGUGAUUCUGCUGCUGUUUUGUUCCUUCAGUUUUUCCUUUGUUCUUAUACUCCAGAGAUGAGUGAAAUCAUUUGGUACUUGUCUUUCUCCGCCUGGCUAUUUCACUGAGCGUAUUACCCUCCAGCUACAUCCAUGUUGUUGCAAAUCGUAGGACUUGUUUUCUUUUUAUGGCUGAAUUAUAUUCCAUUGAGCAUAUGUAUCACAUCUUUUCUAUCCAUUCAUGUACUGAUGGACACUUAGGUUCCUUCCAUUUCUUGGCUAUUGUAAAUAGUGCUGUGAGAAACAUAGGGGUGCAUAUGUCUUUUUCAGGUUUUUGCCUGUUUUUUUCUAAGAGUUUUAUGGUUUCAUGACUUACAUUCAG